CCUCGCUCCCUCCCCCAUGCGCUCCCCCCCCUCGUUCUCGCUCGCUUUCCUAGGGAGAUUCGUCUGUCCUUCCGAGUCUUAAUGAGGCUCUGCCUCGUACUAACGAAAAUUGACAGUAAACUUGUUCUGUAGAAGUAGCUAAAUCUUGCAAAUGGCAGAUUUUGCCUUUGUAGCAGGUCUUUCGGAUGAUUGGCUAGUAGAAUCUGCAAAUCCGCAAAAAGAGGAAUUUGUUGACGCACCUCAUUUCGAAGAUACUGUUAUGUCUAUGGGAAACAUUGUAGACGAAUUUUCUCGGAAAAGAGAUUUUUUCGUAGACUCAUUAAACAAUGAAUUGACGCAUUCGAGGUCUCCCAGCUCGCCAGUGUCUCCUACGUCGGGAUUCUCGUUGUCGUUAAAACGAAAGUUUGAGCCUCCAGCAAAUGCUGGGCCUCCCAGCAGUGAGCUACGACCAGACGCACUUGUACAACAAGACGGUGUCUUGGAACCUUUUAAGUACAUACCCCACAUCCACCCUCUUCGCGCUAAAUAUGCUCCUGUCAUCCGGUCUAUUUAUCCCAAUUUACGUCUUGAUGGCCGGGAAUUGCUCCCCAUGUGUGUGUUCCCAAACGAUAUCUCACUGGCUGUCCGGGAAGAACAGCCGCAACCAGCCUGGCACUCCUUCCUGCUUCCUCAGGGCGAUGGGAAACCGGACCUGUUUGCUACUUGCAUUGUCUUUUGGAUUCCGCUGUCCGCCGCAGAGACGCAGAUAUUCGACAGACGGUUUCGUGAAUGGUACUCGCUGUACCUUUCCUCGGAACAAAAAGAAAUGUCGAUUUCCCUGCGUGACAAAAUUGUUGCUGAAAAAAUAACGCUAUCGUCUCUGCUUUCAGAUCUCCCGUUUGCAGAGUCGCCAAACAACCGCCAAGACUUGAACCGUGCGAUUGCCAGUUGCGAGGAACGCAUCCAAGCGUUUACGAGUAUGAUGUGUGAUCUUUACCAAGGCGCUAUGCCAAGUCUCGAAGAGCUUACAUCUAUGGGAGUUUCGUGUUGGAAACCGCAUGCCGUCGGCAUCGUCGGUCGGCAUCCAAACAUGCAAACGUUCUACCGUGAUUGGUUGCGUUUAGUAAUUGCACCUAUGCUACAGCUAGAACAUGCUCCGCCGUUUGACGACUGGCUGCCACUGGAACGAUUUGUGCACAAUUUGUGUGUGGACAUUCCUCAGCAGCUUGAUCGUGACUCGUUAAAACUCGAAGUCGAGGUUGGAAAUGCACAUCUUUUUACUCGCAUUUCGACGUCCUUUGAUGUGCAUGACUUUGGCGACGUGGACCUUUAUCCACUUGUGCAUGCACUCAGCGUGGAAAAAAUAGUUGUCUUGUUUGAGGCAGCUACACAGGAAAAGAACAUAGUGUUUCUUUCCCAGUGUCCCUCUAUCCUUUACAGCGCCUCGCGUGCUCUAUUAAGUCUUUUGUUCCCUCUCCACUGGCAGGGAUUGUAUCUUCCUGUGCUUCCUAAGCGUCUGUUUUCAGUUAUGGAUAACUCACGACCAUUCAUUGUGGGCAUUCAGCCUGAUGGUACCUCAACCUCGAUAUCGUUUCCCUUUCUUACUUGUAAUCUUGAUGAGGAUCACAUCACUGUUCCGCCCUCAUUGCACUUGCAAAGCAUUCCAUACAGAUAUAAAAAAAAGCUACUGUAUCUCCUCUCUAUGUCAGCACCCAUGAAGGGUGUAAAGCGUGGCAUUCCCCGAUCAAGUUUGGAAGCGUACCCCUAUGGAACGAUGCCAAUUUCAAAUCAUUUACUAAGCAAUGUCCAAAAAUCAAGCAAAAUAUCCAUUCUCGUUGGGGAACAUUCCAGCGUGUUUCGCAAAAACGACCCCAGUCCGCAGGCGCCUGUUUUCCACGCCUUUGGUACGGAGCAACUGAGGAAUCUUCCGCAGCGUCAAAUGUUUACUCAUCUAUCUACCACUCAUAUGCGGAAGUCGUCUCUAUUAGACCGCGCUUCCAUCGUCUCCCACAAAAGAUUUCGCCUUUCUGCUCACAAAAGUUUUGACCGGUUCAUGAACAAGUCUGACAGCCUGACGCUUGUUCCUCGUCAACCCACUCCCUUGCCUGACAAUGCCUACUUUAACGAGUACUAUGUGCCAGGGAGAGCAACGCCGUCUAUAACGGGUUUUACCUCCCUGGCCCCGUCUACGAUUUACGAUGCAAAUAGAGGUUUAGGAAACAUUGGAGAUACCCAGCAGUUCACGGAUGAGCAAGGAAACACGUGGAUAGAAGGUCACUGUUUUAACCUCCAACGGUUUAAUGGCGAAGCAAAAAUUUGUGCUAUUUCUAAAGAGCCCUUAGAUGUGGCUUACUAUCAAUGCAUGGCUUGUGGUUUAACCGUGUCGCAGCAAUCACUUUCAGAAGUUUACCUUCCUUGCGAGUCUUCGUCUUUUGAUUCUGACAAGAUUCGAGCCUCCUUUCUUCGUUUUUUUACAAAUGUUUUUCUAAACUUCAGACGCUACAUCAUGCCAGAUAAAGCAUCUGGAAAGCCAAAAUUUUUAAUAGAUGAGUUCUGUCGUCACGUACCGCAUGAUCUCACAGAGUACAUUCGAACGUUGUCUCAAACAGCCGCCUUUGACGCGCUCGUCCAGUAUCGACUUACGCAUAGUAUUACAGAUCCAGAAAUUGCUUUUUUUGAUCGGCUACUCGAUGCAAAGCGGAAUAAGAACAAAUUCCGUUUAUUUAGACGAAAAACACCCAAUUACUUACAUGCAACGUGGGCUGUAUCAGCUUCGCAACACAUUGUUCGUGUCCCUGUAAAUAAGGACAUGAAUGAUGAUGCAAAACAGCUACAUAUAACCAGAGGCAUCCCAUUCAUUUUUGACGAAAACCUUGCACCCAACUCAUGAAACCGCUCCUAGAGUUUGAUGAAAAAUUACAAUUUUAUUCUUUUUUUUCAAAUGAAUAUGUUGUC